CUUUACAAAAUGGCGGCUGUUGUUGUUUUGCCGCAGGGUCAGUGAAUAAAUCCGCUUUUUAUUUCAUUAAUUUUCUGCACUAAUUUGCAGAAACAGCACUAAAAAACCCCAGGCGCCCCGAGGAUCGGCUCUGUGUGGACUGAAAUGAAAGGUAAAGAGCGGUCUCCGAUUAAAAAACGCUCCCGGGCCUUGGACGAUAUUCGAGACAGGGGAGGAUGCCACCCGACCAGCAAGAAAAUGGGGGCUCUUUCCGUUUCCAGUGGGAGUAAUAAUGGGAAUAGCUCGACCAAAAGCGACGGCGGCUCGACGAGAAGGAGUCUACUCGGUGAAAAGAGAGAGAGGGAUUUCGACAGUCAUAGCCGCACUGGAAAUAAUCACAGCUGUCAGUCUGCAGCCGCUAGCUCCGUGGGUAAAAACCACAACCUGAGCCUGACGCUGGAUUUAGCCUCACCGAGGACCACUUCACGGGGGGAGCAGCGGGUUCAGCCGCCCAGCACCGAGAGUGAGUACAAAACCCUCAAAAUAAGCGACCUCGGCACCCAGCUGAGCGACGAAGACAUAGAGGACGGACUCUUUCAUGAAUUUAAAAAAUUUGGAGAUGUGAGCGUUAAGAUAAGCCGCAGCAACGACGAGCGGAUAGCGUUUGUGAAUUUCAGGAAGCCGGAGGACGCCAGAGCUGCUAAGCACGCCAGGGGACGGUUGGUGUUGUACGACCGGCCGCUGAAAAUCGAGGCAGUGUACAUAAACCGGAGGAGAAGCCGCUCCCCAGUGGAGAGAGACUUGUAUGGUGCAGCUCAAAGCCAUAGACAUUUGCAGAGACCCCUUUCGCCCACGGGGCUUGGAUAUAGAGACUACCGGCUUCAGCAGCUGGCCUUGGGACGGCUCCCCCCUCCCCCGCCGCCCCCUUUGCCCAGAGAACUGGAACGGGACAGGGAGUUCGCCCUGUUUGAAGCCAGGGCGCGUCCGGCUUUCAUUGCAGAGCGAGCAGCUUUUCGUGAGGAGGAUUUUAUAUCUCCAGAAGAUGACCAAAGAGCCAAUAGGACGUUAUUUUUAGGCAACCUGGACAUAACUGUUACAGAGGCGGACCUGAGGAGAGCCUUUGACAGGUUUGGGGUCAUUACAGAAGUGGACAUUAAAAGACCCACACGGGGACAAACCAGCACAUAUGGAUUUCUGAAAUUUGAGAACCUUGACAUGGCUCACCGUGCUAAGCUUAGUAUGUCUGGCAAAAUAGUGGGCCGCAACCCCAUAAAGAUAGGCUAUGGGAAAGCAACUCCUACCACACGGUUGUGGGUGGGUGGACUUGGACCCUGGGUUCCUCUAGCUGCCCUGGCAAGAGAGUUUGAUCGCUUUGGCACUAUAAGGACCAUUGACUACAGAAAGGGGGAUACCUGGGCAUACAUUCAGUAUGAAAGUUUGGAUGCUGCACAGGCGGCAUGCACACACAUGAGGGGCUUCCCACUGGGGGGUCCAGAGAGAAGACUUAGAGUGGACUUUGCUGACACUGAGCAUCGCUACCAGCAACAGUUCCUGCAGCCUCUUCCAAUUCCACCUUUCGACAUGGUGGCUGAGUCAUUUGUCCACCGUGCCACACCUGAACCACUGAGGGUCAGGGAACGGACUCCACCGCCGCUUCACUUCAGGGAGAGAGAACUCUUUCCUGGAACUGAGUGGCCCAACCCGGCUAUUCGGGAACGGGUACGUGCCUCGCCCUUUGAGCCUUUGGAACACUUGGAACGUGAGCGGCGGGCACGGGAGCCCUGGUCUUUGGAACGAGAGUUGCAGGGACGAGAACCUGUACGCAAGCGGCGCGUAAUGGAGGAUGGACGUCACAUAGACCACUCCCCUGACAGCACUGAGAGGACAGUAAGGCGCAGACGUGCUUCUCCGGAUGGCAGUCCUGGAGGUAGCAGCAGAGACGGAGGCCGCUUCAGUGACUCAGAGCGCCCUAUUCGGGGCGAGAGACCCUCCCCAGCACGAGAACGUCACAGCAGCCUGGAGAGAAGUGGGGCUGAACGGAGACUCAAAAGCCAGAGUCUCUCUGACAAGGGACCUUCAAGCAGCAGCAUUUCAAUAGUCGGAGAGCGUAAACGUAAAGCUGGUGAUGGUGGUAAAGGGCCCGCCAAGAGAGAACGUUCUGAGAUCAGCGCCAAGGGAGGCCAGCUGUCCAAGCCGGACAGCACCAGACUCAGUUUGGCCUGGCAGGGUAUGCUGUUGCUGAAGAACAGCAACUUUCCAGCCAACAUGCACCUGCUGGAAGGCGACCACAAUGUAGCCAGUGACCUGCUCAUUGACGGCACAACAGGGAGGCAGGUGAGCGAGCUAAAGAUCACCCAGCGUCUCCGUCUGGACCAGCCCAAGCUUGACGAGGUGUCCCGGCGCAUCAAGGUUGCAGGUCCCGACGGCUACGCCAUUCUGCUAGCAGUUCCUGGGACCACAGAGGAUACAUCUUCGUCUGACCCUGCAGCGUCGACUCAGCGGCCACUUCGGAACCUGGUGUCCUACCUCAACCAAAAACAAGCAGCAGGAGUCAUCAGCCUGCCUGUGGGAGGGAGCAGAGAUAAAGACAACACAGGGGUUCUUCAUGCUUUCCCUCCCUGUGAUUUCUCCCAGCAGUUCCUGGAUUCCUCUGCCAAAGCUCUGGCUAAAAGUGAAGAGGACUAUCUGGUCAUGAUUGUGGUUCGUGGAGCAUCUUAAAAAAAUCAGAACACACUAAGUUCAAGUCAUGUAAAAAAAAAAAAAAUCUGCUGUAUGUCAGUAACUAUUGCAUGCUGUGUGUUCUGCAUUAUGGGUUACACUAGUAUGGUUCUUGAGUGUUUGUUUGUAUGUUGCCAUGUAAUCCACUAAAAGGACAAACAGUGCCCUUCUACAAAACUGAGAGGGUGUGUGGUUUUGAAAUGAUUUUUUUAAAGGGUGAAUUGCUCACAAAGUCAUAAACCUGCAGUAAUUUAGUCAGGAUACUGUAAAACAUGAGGAGCAUUUGAGGAAUAAAUUUUAAUUUAAUUUAAGAAGAGAUAAGUCAUAAAGAAAACACUCAUUUGCAGGUUUAAAAUCUAAUCCAUCCAGAUAUACCAGAAAAUAAGGAAAAGAAAAUGUAGAAAUGCAAGGAGUGGACACAAUAAUACCUCCACUACAAUAAAACCACAAACCCAGGCCUCGCAAACUAUUUUUGUCAUUGAAUCCACGUCUCCCUGACACAGUGUUAACAAAAGCUGAACAAUACCAGCCCAACAAAGGUCAUGUUUGUUUAUGGGCUGGCAUUCUGUAUGGCCUUAGAUUGUACAAGUGUUGUUGUUGUUGUGUCUACCUCCUACACAGGUACUUAAGAUGAGGGGAAUCAGAAGACAUAAUUUUUCAAAGCUUUGAAUUACAGUGCAAUAAUAUUUCUACUAUAAUCACUUUUUGAUGGAUGGAUACAAAGGUGAGCGUGACAGUUUUGAAUUUGUGGAUUUCAGGAAAGGUGUAGUGAAUGAUUUGGUACUGCAGUUUCAAAGCUAAUCUCUUCGGAGAAAGAACCCUGUUAACAUUUUGACGGUCAAAACAUGUGGGACAACUCUUCUCCAUUGCACCACGCUCCAUUAACUGAAGGUCUUUUGCCUUCAUCAGGUAACCACCCUGAUGAAGGCAACGCAGCCUGAGCACUGGUGAACGGAGAGUGGUGUGCAGAGGAAGAGUUGUGCUAUGUGUACUAAUUUUGAUGGGCUUGACUCGAAGCUCACACUGGUGUCCCUGUGUGCGUUCUCAGAGUUGGAAAAUUUUGAAGGUCAUCAGAUAAAAAAGUGUCUAGAUACAGCUGAUACAUUUCAGUUAUCUACAUUGUCAACUGUUAGAAAAAUUAUAUUCAGGUUCAUGGUUUGGAUUUGAGUGUAUUUUUUAAUUGUGUUCCUCAGUUUGUGGAACAAACAAACAAAUUGCAAGAUAGACAAUGAACUGUGUCCAGUGCGCUGGUAAAACUAAAUUGUCAUAUCAACUCUGUGGAAUGCUGAAUACUAACAGAUGUGAGAAAAGGAACGGCCCAUAACACAAUACGCAUAGUAUAGUAAAGCAAAUAAUAACAUAUUUCUCAUAUUUCUUACUUCAUAUUUUAUUUUGUGCAUCCCUACCUUAGAAAUGGUUGUGUAAUGUGAUCUAUGAAAAAAAAAACUACAGUAGUAAUGGAUAAAAAAGCUUAGAGAAGUUUGUGUUGAUAUUGACAGUCUGUUUCAUUUAUUGCUCUGAAACCAGUAGUUCCUCCAAGAAUAAUAAUAUUCAGUAUAAUUAAAAUGUUGGUACCAAGUAACAAAAACCUGCUAUUUGUUCAGCAAGUAGGUCUGUGUAAUUUUAAAGUUUUAGCAGUACCUUAACUGUUGAUGUUGGAAUUUAAAUUUUAGAGGUCUAAUUUUGAAUUUGAAUAUUUUACUGACGACUGCCAACAUGUUCCAAAGGCCUACUCACCAUAUUUUCUUUUGCCAUUGUAUGUUUGUCAUGCAAAAGUAAUCCACUCUGAAUUAUAAUUUGCUGACCUUGGUUAAAUAUGUAUUGAGAACAUUCAUAUGUGGGAAAGUUGUUAUGUGUGAACAUCACACCCACUGCAACGUUGGACUCCUGAGGAGACGAGAGCAGAGCUGAAAACCUCUGCAGAGAAGGCAACCUAGUAUUUGUGAGUCCUCACUGAUGAGGCAGCUUUUAAGUUGUGUAGCCCAUCUGCACCUGUGAUGACUUCUGUUUUAAGUGGAAAAUUGAGCAAUGUACACUUUGAUGUCAUGGGAAAGGAAAAUCCAUAGAGCCCAUGCGAAGCUGUUCACAUACCUGAAAGUGCGUUUGGGCACUUAAUGUGACCGAUUAUCAAUAAAUUGUUCAUUUGAAGGGAAACAUGUUUCU